GUUUGCUGGAACUAAAAUUUGAACUUGUGUCUCCUCCUCCCCGCCCCAUCCCGCCUCGCCUCGCCUUCUAGGUGGUUGUCCGCAAGGUUUUGAAGUUCUCUAAGAUUCCGAAUCCCCAAAACAGACGGAACGCUUACCAGACCCAUAUCUCUGAACCCUUGUUUCGCAUGGCUUCUGAUGCCCCUCGAGCUCGAAUUGACCAGUUCUUUGCAUCAAAGAAGAAGAGGAAAUUUGAAUCUCCUGUCUUGAAAUCUCCAGUAUCCAGUAAAGAUGCUAAAAUUUCGACUGAGGGGUCACCAGGCACCAGAGGAUUUCUUGAGAAUUAUUCAGUCAAAUCUCAGGACAAUUGUGAGUCUCUGGGCUCACCUGUUGAGAGAAAUUUGACACUAGAGCUCGAUCGAAUUUCCAAAGAUGAAGACGAAGUGGCAGUUCCCUCAAGAAAAUCACACUCUCAAGGUCCUAAAACAUCAUACGAAAUGUUAUACAAUGCAGGUGUUGCGGCCAGAGAGCAUCCUAAAAAUUCAUCUGAACACAUCCUAGACCAAAAAAACCUACAACUCAAUCAAUUUGCCAGUGAGUUCCUAUCAUUAUACUGCAGUAAGAGACCAUGCCUACCAACUAGUGAGGGCUUACCAUUACAUCAAAAUGUGCAUCCGUAUAAAAUACAUUGUAUCCCCUCUACUGCCGAUAGAAGCUCUUCUUCUAUUGAGGACAAUUCAACUAGCUCUCCAAGGAAUUAUCUUCCAGAUGCCCAUGAUGAUGUUGUUCCCAAAUCUGCACAUGCAAAUCCACAUUCUUGUGAGGUGAACACAGAUACACUUGCUGAACCUCAAAUAAGCUUGAGAAGAUGUAAUAAGGUUCCUGUUCCUAAAGCAACUGAAUCUCUAACCCCAGGUUUGUCUACUAAGGAACAUGUGGCAAGAGUUACUCCAACAUCAGGACAUGGUGCCUCGAUCUUUUCACCUGGAGAAAGUUUCUGGAAUGAAGCAAUUGAAGUUGCUGAUGGGUUGUUUGCUGAAAAUGAGAAAGGUACGUACCGAGUUACUGAUGAGGAUGUAACUGUGAGCACCCGACAUGACAUACUUAGUACCAACGAUCUGAUAAGUGGUGGACAUGCCAUAAAAUUAAACAGAGUAACCGAAAGAGUUGUGGAUAGUGUUUCUAGUGUGAGAAUGGUUUCUGCUGCUGUGCCAAUAAAGAAGAUUGGGAAGGAAAUGGAUAAAGAAGUCUCUCCAUUGCCUGUAAAGCACUUUGACUUUGCUUUGGAAGACAAACAAAUGGCACAGAUUAAUGAUUGCCAUAUUCUCAGUGGAAAUGAAAUUGGGCAUGCUCCAGUAAACAGAUUAUUUACAGAAAAACUUGCAGGGGCCUACAAAUAUGAUGUUUCUAAAACUACUCCUGAUACUCUCGUGCAAAGCAAUGAUAGCGUAACUUUUAAUACACCAACGGAGAGAUCAGGAAAAGUCAGAGGUAAUUCUGAAUCCAGUGAAGACAUCACUCCUUCAAGUUUUAUGCCACAAAAAGAUUGUUUAGAUCUCAGCAAUUGGCUCCCACCUGAAAUAUGCAGCACCUACAAGAGGAAGGGUAUAGCAAAAUUGUACCCAUGGCAGGUUGAUUGCCUGCAAGUGGAUGGUGUUUUGGAGAAUAAGAAUCUGGUUUAUUGCGCCUCUACAAGUGCUGGCAAAAGUUUUGUUGCUGAGAUUUUAAUGUUACGGAGAAUCUUAUCAAGGGGAAAAAUGGCAAUCCUUGUACUGCCAUAUGUAUCCAUUUGUGCUGAAAAGGCCGAUCACCUAGAAGUCCUCUUAGAACCACUUGGGAAGCAUGUACGCAGUUACUAUGGAAAUCAAGGUGGCGGAACCCUUCCCAAGGACACAUCUGUUGCUGUGUGUACUAUUGAAAAAGCAAACUCCUUAAUUAAUAGACUGCUAGAAGAGGGCCGCCUGUCAGAACUUGGCAUCAUUGUGAUUGAUGAGCUUCAUAUGGUCGGUGAUCGGAACAGAGGCUAUUUACUGGAGCUGUUGCUCACAAAGCUUCGCUAUGCAGCUGGGGAAGGCAACACAGAAUCGUCCAGUGGAGAAAGUUCAGGUAUGAGCAGCGGGAAAGCUGACCCUGCUCAAGGUCUUCAAAUUGUUGGAAUGAGUGCAACUUUGCCAAAUGUGGCUGCAGUUGCUAAUUGGCUUGAUGCAGCUUUGUACCAAACAGAUUUCCGGCCUGUUCCUUUAGAGGAGUACAUCAAAGUAGGCAACACGAUUUAUAACAGAAAGAUGGAAAUUGUGAGAACAUUGCCAAAAACUGCUGAGCUUGGUGGCAAGGAUCCAGAUCAUAUUGUGGAACUUUGCAAUGAGGUUGUUCAAGAUGGUCAUUCCGUGCUAAUUUUUUGCUCCAGUCGGAAAGGAUGUGAAGCAACAGCUAGGCAUGUUGCUAAGUACUUGAAGUUCUUGAUCAGCCCCUGCAACAAAGAUACUGAGUUUGAUAUUGAUUCUGCCAUUGAUGCACUGCGAAGAUCUCCUGCAGGCUUGGACCCUAUACUUGAAGAGACACUUCCUGCUGGUGUUGCUUACCAUCAUGCUGGACUUAUGCUCGAGGAAAGAGAGACUGUUGAGAGUUGUUAUCGCAAAGGACUUGUACGAGUCUUAACUGCUACAUCAACUCUUGCUGCUGGAGUUAACCUCCCUGCCCGGAGAGUUAUUUUCCGACAACCUCGUAUCGGGUAUGACUUUAUUGAUGGAACAAGGUACAUGCAGAUGUCUGGUCGUGCUGGUCGGACAGGGAUUGAUACAAAAGGAGAGAGUGUGUUGAUUUGCAAACAAGAUGAAGUUAAAAGAAUAUUGAGACUUUUAAAUGACAGCUGCCCACCAUUGCAUUCUUGCCUGUCGGAUGAUAAGAAUGGAAUGAUUCAUGCAAUACUAGAGGUCGUUGCUGGUGGGAUUGUUCAAACUGCUAAUGAUAUUCACCGAUAUGUUAGGUGUACCCUUCUUAAUUCAACAAGACCUUUUGAAGAUGUGGUAAAGUCAGCACAGGAUUCUCUUCGGUGGUUAUGCCACAGGAAAUUCCUUGAAUGGAGUGAUGAUACAAAAUUGUACACUAUCACACCUCUUGGUCGAGCAUCUUUUGGCAGUUGUCUUUCUCCUGAAGAGUCACUCGUUGUAUUAGAUGAUCUCUUGAGGGCAAGAGAAGGGUUUGUACUUGCAUCUGAUCUGCAUCUGGUUUACUUAGUCACACCCAUUAAUGUUGAAGUUGAGCCAGAUUGGGAAUUGUAUUAUGCAAGAUUCAUGGAACUUUCUGCUUUAGAUCAGUCGGUUGGCAAUCGAGUUGGGGUUCAAGAACCGUUUUUGAUGCGCAUGGCUCAUGGAGCUGUUCCAGGUCACAGCUUUAACAGAUCUCGGGAGGCUAAUAAGGGAUUGCAGGUAAAGCUUGACCGCAGAUCUGGGAUUUCAAAUCAUGCCAUCCUUUCAGAUGAACAAGUUCUGCGAGUGUCUAAACGGUUCUUUGUGGCUCUCAUACUGACAAGACUUGUACAGGAAGUACCUGUUCCAGAGGUAUGCAAUGCUUUCAAAGUGACAAGGGGCAUGGUUCAGGGACUACAGGAAAACGGUGGGAGGUUUGCAUCAAUGGUGGCUGUCUUUUGCGAAAGACUAGGUUGGCAGGACCUUGAAGGAUUAGUUUCCAAAUUCCAAAAUCGUGUUUCAUUUGGAGUCAGAGCAGAGAUUGUGGAGCUCACUAACAUACCUUAUGUUAAGGGUUCCCGGGCUAGAGCACUUUACAAAUCUGGUUUGCGGACUCCUCAAGCAAUUGCAGAAGCAUCGCUUCCUGAAAUUGUGAAAGCACUUUUUGAAUCUUCAUCAUGGUCUGAACAAGGACUUGCUCAACGAAAAAUACAAUUAGGAGUUGCCAAAAAAAUAAAAAAUGGUGCCCGCAAGAUUGUUCUUGAGAAAGCUGAAGAGGCAAGACUUGCUGCAUUCUCAGCUUUCAAAUCACUUGGACUUGAUGUCCCACCCCUUUCUCUACCUCUCCUACCAAUUGCUGCAGCAGAUGCUGAUCGGAAAGAAUCAAGCACCUCUUCUGGAGAAAAGUCGACUAGCAGUUAUGUGCAUACGGAGCAGAUAAACCGUGCCACUUCCACAUCAGGCAAGGAAGAAACAGGAGAAGAUAAAUCAAUUGGGAGAUUACCUAUACAAUAUGAUGUUAUGGCUGAUGAACCUAAUUCACUUGCAGAAGGGUAUAGAAGUGGCAAUGCUGAAAUUAAAACAGCCACUCUUCCUCUUGAGAUCAAUAAUGAUGAAGGGAAGUCCAACGAUGAUGUUGGUCAUAUUGUGCAGGAGCUGCAUGACAAAGAUGGGAUAAGUAAAACAAAUGAGAAGAUUUCACCAAAGAAGGGCCCGAUCAAUGCAGUUAGUAGUCCUGGAGGAUUUGAUACUUUCUUGAAUCUCUGGGAUGCUUCUAGAGACUUCUAUUUUGAUAUCCACUUUAAUAAGCGAUCUGAUCUGAACACCAUUGUGCCUUUUGAAAUUCAUGGCAUAGCAAUCUGUUGGCAAAACUCUCCAGUGUAUUAUGUCAGUUUUCCCAAAGAUUUGUUUUGGUCAAGCAACCGAAGAAAUCUUCUGAUGUCCAAUGCUUCCGGCGAUAAUGAUGCUCCAUCUCCAAAACAUCAAUGGGAAAUGGCGAUGCAACGUUGGGAUAGAAUAAGAACUAUAAUGGGGAAAAACGGUGUUAAAAAGUUCACUUGGAACUUGAAAAAGCAGAUUCAGGUGUUUAAGUUCCCAGCUGUUUCCACUGUGAGAUAUGGCUCUGUGAAUGCUGCUGCCAAAGCUGCGGGCUUGAAUCUAAUUGAAGGUUCUUACUAUGUUUUGUCUCCUGUUCAUUUGCAAGAUGCAGUUGAUGUUUGCAUUGUUGCAUGGAUUCUUUGGCCUGAUGAGGUGAAGGGAUCUAGUCCCAGUCUGGAGAAGGAGGUUAAGAAAAGGCUAUCGAGUGAGGCAGCUGCAGCUGCUAAUCAGAAUGGUAGAUGGAAGAACCAGAUGCGCAGUGCUGCUCAUAAUGGUUGUUGCCGCCGAGUUGCACAAUUGUAUGCCUUGUGUUCGGUUCUGUGGAAACUAUUAAUAUCUGAAGGUCUUCUUAAGGCUCUCACAGAGAUGGAGAUGCCAUUGGUUGAUGUUCUUUCAGAUAUGGAGCUGUGGGGAAUUGGCGUUGACAUGGAAGGAUGCUUACGUGAUCGUGAAGUUGUGCGGAAAAAGUUAAAAAGUUUAGAAACGGAAGCUUACACAUUGGCCGGCAUGACCUUCUCAUUGAGCACAGCUGCUGAUAUUGCAAAUGUUCUUUAUAACCACUUAAAGCUCCCUAUGCCAAAGAGAGAUGACAAAGGGAAGCAGCACCCCAGCACUGAUAAACAUUGUUUGGGUUUGCUAAGGAAUGAGCAUCCAAUUAUUCCAGUCAUCAAAGAGCACAGAACACUGGCAAAGCUCUUGAAUUGUACAUUAGGUUCAAUUUGCUCACUUGCUAGGCUAUCUAUGAGGACUCAGAGGUACACGCUGCAUGGUCACUGGCUUCAGACCUCAACAGGUACUGGACGACUUUCAAUGGAGGAGCCAAAUCUUCAGUGCGUGGAGCAUAUGAUUGACUUCAAAAUGAGUCACACUGAUAAAGCUGAUGGUGAGUCGGAUACCGAUCAUUACAAGAUCAAUGCUCGUGAAUUAUUUCUGCCUACUCAGGAGAACUGGAUAUUUCUAACAGCUGACUACUCUCAGAUUGAAUUGAGACUCAUGGCCCAUUUCUCAAAAGAUUCUUCUUUGAUUGAGCUCCUAAGUGAUCCCAAUGGUGAUGUUUUCACCAUGAUUGCAGCGAGGUGGACAGGGAAGUUACAGUCUAUGGUGAGCUCUAAAGAGCGAGACCAAACUAAGCGGUUGAUUUAUGGCAUUCUCUAUGGAAUGGGAGCUAAAUCUCUUGCAGAACAACUGGACUGCAGUACAGAUGAAGCUUUUGAAAAAAUUCAAAGCUUCAAAAGAUUUUUCCCCGGUGUUGCUUCCUGGCUACAAGAAGCAGUUUCUUUCUGUCAAGAAAAAGGUUAUGUGGAGACUCUUAAUGGCCGAAAGCGUUUCUUGUCAAAAAUCAAAGUUGGGGACAAUAAGGAAAAAUCUAAAGCUCAGCGACAAGCUGUUAAUUCGAUUUGUCAGGGAUCUGCUGCUGACAUUAUCAAAAUGGCAAUGAUAAAUCUUCACUAUGCAAUGGUCAAGGAUGUUCCUAACUCUAGAUCUAGUUCUGGUUUGCCUGAAAACACUGGCAUGCUUAAAGGGAGAUGUCGAAUCGUCUUACAGGUUCAUGAUGAAUUAGUCCUAGAAGUUGAUCCUCCUGUUGUCAAGGAAGCUGGAAUGUUGCUACGUAUGAGCAUGGAAAAUGCAGCCACACUCCUUGUACCGCUUCGUGUCAAACUGAUGGUUGGAAAGACAUGGGGAUCUUUGGAACCCUUCCACGUUGAAGGACCUCAUGAUAAUGUUAUGGUACUCACUUAAUAUGACAUGCAUGCGUUGGUAUUACAUUGCGUUGUGGGCAAAACACAAAUUGUAUAUUAUGGCUGAAGGCUUAACUAUAUCUUAUUCGGCAAUGGCUCUUCACGCACCCCUAUUCUCCAUUGGCUCUUUUGGCUAUAUUUUGAAGACUUGAAGGGUUGAAAAUGGUUACAAAGUUUUGUUCACAGUAGGAUGAUCUGAUGAUGUAACAAAGCUUUCUCUGCUCAAACAAAGUUCUUUAACAAAGUUUUAUGGCUACGCAGUCUCUUCUAGCAAAAAGGGAUCCAAGUGAACAUGUUAACUGUCUUGGCAGAACAAGUUUUCUCGGUCCAAGUUAUAGUGACUGAACUGCUGGUAACUGAUUGGCUUAUAGCUGCUGGUUAAAGCAGAGAGUUCACGUCGCGUAAUUGGUUUGCACUAAGACUGAUGAAAGAUUGAUUUGGUACUGCAUUACUAUCACUGGAAGUGCUUUAUGCGAUAUGUAUAGUUCAAGUAAUAAGAAAAGGAAUUUGUCAAAAGGAAAACAUGCUUAUUCUUCUCUGGAACCGGGGGUAACAUUGUCCAAUGUCCAGGGCUAAAUCUUUUGUAGCUCUAAUGGGGUCAGCAAUGUUGACUGGGGUAAUGUGCUUCAGUUGGACUUGGUGUACACACUUUUACACAUGUCUGUGUAGAUUUUUUUUUUGUCUGUACAGACAAAACGUUUUUUUGUCUAAAUAAAAUUUUGGUGAAAGGAACUAGCAAUUUGACAAUUUGUGCAGAGUAGACAAUGCAUUUACGUUUUUUAC